UUUCCCCUUGCAGCAGCUUCGCUUCUCUAAACAGCAGAAAGCAUGUUUGUGCUCGACAGCUGGGCUCUUUUUCUUUAAAGCUCAACAGUAUUCGCUUGCAGUGCCACACAAUGUUUCCAAAUACUUCUCUGCCCACCAACACACUCAAGUCUUCUAAGGAUGACCAGGCGGUGGACAUUGAUGCCAUCAUGGACAAUGUCAGCAUCAUCCUGUACACACUGACUGUCGUACUCGGCAUCACAGGGAACUCUGUGGUGAUCUGGGUGGCUGGAUUCAAACUUAAGCCAAAGGUCACCAACGUGUGGCUGGUGAACCUGGCGAUAGCAGACCUGAUCUUCUGCUUCACACGAGUUUUCUCUCUCACUAAGAAGCUCUUCUUUGACCACUGGCCUUUUGGUCUCUUCGUCUGCAAGUUCAACGGCUUCUUCAAAUACGCCAACAUGUUCUGCUCUGUCUUCCUGCUGGCUGUGAUCAGUCUGGAUCGAGUGCUCUGCAUCUGGCAGCCCGUCUUCACAAAGCGUCGACGCACCAUGUGGGUAGCGAGGAUGGUGGCGGUCUGCGUCUGGAUCGCAGCGAUCCUCUUAAGCAUUCCCUACUUCAUCCAUCGCCAAGUCUACCUGGGCAAGAAUAACCUGAGUAAGUGCUCUGUGGAUCCGAAGGAGAAGGCAGAAGGGUACAACAGCACCAAAGCUGCUCUCUACUCCAUCCGCUUCCUGUGCGGCUUCAUAUUUCCCUUCAUGGUGAUUCUGGUCUGUUACAUCUUGGCCGCUGUAGGAAUCAGACGCACCCGCCUGUCAGGGAAAUCCCGCCCCCUGCGUAUACUAGCCUGUUUGGUGAUUGCAUUUUUCCUGUGCUGGGCACCUUACCACUGCCUCUUACUGGUGAAGAUGGUGGACAAUAAAAAUGCAGUGGUGAAAAUCUGGUACCCUUUAGCAAAGGGUGUUGCCUACUUUAACAGCUGUGUGAACCCAUUGUUGUACUUCUGCAUGGGGCUAGAUGUGAGGGGGCGAUUCAGGCAGAGUCUGAUGGGUGUUUACAAAAGAGCUCUGGCAGACGAUGUCGAUGGACAGACAACUCACUCCAACGAUCGCUCUUUGGAUGAAACCUCGGUGUCAAAGCACAGCACUCUCAUAGCGGCGGGAUCAGGUCUGACAGCAACGGGUGAGGCUAAAGUUUAAGUUUUGAAGCUUGCAGAACAUGUUUCAAACCUAUCACAAUAUCAUCAUUAUAUGAUACGUACACUGGUAAUGAAAUAAAUAGAAAGUCUUCACCUAUGAUUGGAUUGAUCCACAGUGGCUCAAGUGUUCGUGUCCACCUUAACCUGGAUUAGCUGGGUUGAUGAUAAGGACAAAAUGAGUAUAUUAGAUAAAUCAUCAAACUGACACCCCUCCAUGAUAUCAAAGUACUACACGAGUAGUAGUACUAUCCACACCAACCUAGGGACUAAAGAACCAGAAUUAAACAGGUAAGUUUAUGUGGAUAAAAUAAUUCAAGAAAACAAAGAAAAAAAUAUGUUUAGAUUAGACAAGAGGGCAGCAUACUAAUAAUCGGCUAAUGCUAACAAGCUCAAGCUUGUUAGCAUUAGCAUUAGCAUUAGCUAGGGUCACACACUGACACAGAAGUCUGUCAGACAAUGCUCAAUGACAUACAGACGUCUUGGACAGCCUGCUUGUACAGUUACUGCGCAGUUUUAUUUUUCAUGUUUGUUUUGUUUUUAAAUGACAACAAAGAGAAAAUAGUCUGCUGUUGUUUACUGAUAUGGAAUUUUUAUGUUAAUAACUGCAACUUUUUUGUAACUAAAGCAAUAAUUAGCAUCCAACCACCAAAAAAAAGGUUAUUUAUUUAUUUUAUCCAUUGAUUAAUAUCAGUAAAGUGUGAAAGUAAGAUGUGAAGGAUAGCGAUCUAAAUUAUGCCAAGUAGUAGAAAGCAGUCUAAUGCAGUCCACUCCUCUUUUGGUCUUUAGGUUUUUCUACAAGCAUAUAAGCAUAAUAGUUCAUCUGUACCUAAACGGUUUUGAGCAGGACUUAUUUGACUCCAGAUGAAAAGUGUACUUAAAAAAAUAAAGAUGGUCACUUUGUACUUGAUUUCUGCAUAGUGGGCAAAAAAUAUUUAAACAACUAAUGUUGUAAUUCAAGUACUGGGACACUCUUUCUUUCACAUUUUCCUUCUCAAACCGGAUUUUAUUUCCUGGUGGUGCAUUUGAAAAAUUCCACAAUGUGAGCAAGUCAUUUUUGAAAAUAUUUAUUUUUAAGAAAAAGCUAUUGUGUUGUAGAUAUAUUGCAAAGCUGUUUUACAUUUUAUGUUGUUCAAAGUGGUUAGCACUGUGGUCUCACUCACAGGCCAGUGUGGAGUUUGCUUGUUUUUCCUGUGUUUGUGUGGGUUCUCUGGGUACUCUCGGUUCCUCCCGCAGUCCGCAGACAUGCAGAUAGUGGUGUUAGGUUAACCGGUGUCUCUAUAUUGCCCAUAGAUGUGAGUGUGUCAGUAGAGCCCUGGAUGUCACAUUUUUGAGUUGUGUUUUUGGACAUGUAAUUGAAGUCACAGAAGAAAAGUGGAACUGUGAUGAAGCGGAGGGAAGUGAGACUAUUGAAAGAAAAGCCAGUAAUAGCUUUAGACUCUGUCUUGUGUAUAGAGGUCAUUCUGAAGGUUAGAUGAAUGGAAACUGUGCAGUGUACCAAGCUGCAUCGUGUUGUUUUUGUUUUUGUUUUUUACCAUGAGAAAUGCGUCAAAAGUAUUUCAUCCAUCCUGUGUGUAUCUUACUUAAGAGGGAGAGUGGGCUGAGACUUUUAUGGCAGUCAAAUAUUAUGAACAUGGAAUCUGGUUAAUAUCAAUCCAUGGCAACCAGCUUAUAAAACACAGCACCAGAGUAUUUACUCAGCUGCUUGCACAUCACUACCUCUGUUUACAAUAAAACUGUUUAUCUGAAACCUGCUGUUCCUUUUGUUAUUAACAUUUCUGCCAUAAAAAUAUCAUUAAAGCUAAACAUCAGAGUAGCCGCAAUGAUGUGCAUGAGGGAUUAUAUUGAUAAAGGUUAAUUUUGAAGUGUCAUUGUGUGAAGGUCUGCAAUAUGUCUGUGCUUUAAGAAACACGGUGUUCAUUAAAAACUGAAAAAAUAAAA